AUGGAGGUGGCUGAUGAUGACUCACCAUUGAAGACAUUUAUCAGGAUAAACGCUGCAGAUUUGAAACCAGACCCGGGCAGUGCAACUGACAUCUCCAAUACAAAUGAACAAGAAGACAAUUUGGAGCAAGAAAGUACUGAUAAAAAUUCUGAAGUAGUUUAUAGCCGAGAAGAAAAGAAAGAAGAGAAAGUUGAGAGGUCCAUUUCUCCAACUAAAGGCAAAGAAGAACAGAAUACAGUUGAGACAAUGGCCAGUGUUCUCUCCUCAGAAGCACAAGAAAUGUUGAAGGAUGAAAUUUUCCAAAAAAUCUUGUCUGAAAAAGAAAAAUUCCCAACUGUAAGCUUGCUGGAUUUUGCUGGGCAGUUAGCAUAUUAUGCUUGUCACCAAAUUUACGUAACACCAAAGGCCUUCUUUAUCCUUGUGUUGGACAUGACUAAGAGGUUUGAAGAUGUUGUGGAUAAAGAGAAAGAUAACCAAGAAGGAUCAAUCUUUUCUGUUUGGACUUACAGAGAUUACUUGAAGUUUUGGAUAACCUCAAUCAAGACAUUUGGAGGCAAAAAGGCACCACUGUUUCUUGUUGCCACACACACAGAAACAAAAUCUACAGAUGAAAUAGAGAGGUUCUUUGGGGAGUUUUGGAAUGCUGUACCAGACGAGGACAGAGAUUGGUUAAGUGAGUCUCUGAAUGAUCGGGAGUAUGCAGUGGGUCUAAAGGAACUUAAUGAUAACACUAAAGCAAUGCUAGAGUCAAUGAAAAACUCCAUAGUGGAACUAUUUACGGAUGAGAAUACUACAAAAAUUGAAUUGCCUUCUUCAUGGGCUCUAAUGGAGCAGUUAUUGUAUGAAGGAGGCUGGAAGGUUUUGUCUCUGAGUGAAAUCUCGAAGCUCAACUCAUCUCUUCCUUAUGAAUACCAAAUCAAAAAUGAUGAAGAAAUGACCAAAUUUUUAAAAUGUUUCCAUGAUAAUGGUCUUCUUUUGAAUUUUGGAGAAGCAGAAUUGAGGGAACAUGUUAUACUAGAUAUUCAGUGGCUUGCUAAUGCUUUCAGCAAGGUAAUUGCUGAUGAAAACCAUAUCAAUAAAGAUUGUAAAAGGAAAUUAAUUAAAGAGUGGAAAUCCUUCAACAAAACGGGGGAACUUAAAGAUAAAGUGAUAAAUGCACUGUGGAAAGAUGAACCCUCUUUCUCGAAACAUAAAAAUGAAAUUAUGCCAUACAUGGAGAAACUGCAAAUGCUGGUACCUUUGAAUGUACUUGAGGCUGUAUCAGAAGGUGGCAUGUCAUGGUAUGUCCCAUGUAUGAACAAAAAGCAGUUUAAAGCUGACUUGUUUCAUAAUAAAUGGGAAUGCUCAUCCAUUUUGUGCUAUCGAUUUACUUCCUUUGCCAUGUUUGUGUUCUACAGACUGGUAGCAUACUGCAUAAGUCUUCUAAAAUGGACUGUUGCAAAAGAUGAAGACAAUGAAGGAAGUCUAUGUCUUUAUCAAACAGCAGCAGUGUUUGAUCACAAUGAACACACGGUUGUUGUUGGCAUAUGUAAUGACGAAAUUCAGUUACAAGUAUUACGAAUCAGCCGAUUAGCCGUAGACAAAGACGUAUCGAAUGAUAUUGGAGACUCCAUUGAACAGGCCUUAGAAAAACUGACGGAAACAUUUCUUGGGGAAAAAAAGUUUUAUAGAGGAUUUAAAUGUCAAAACAGUAUUUGUAAUGAGAAAGAUCUAUCUUUCACCCUUGCAAGUGAGCUCUCCAAAAUUAAGGCUGAAGAAACACAAUGCAAAUGUCAAAUUCAGGAGAAACAUGUGAUAAAUGUACAAAGAACUCUUAGCUUCUGGGAAAAGAAAGAAGUAAACAAUACUAGCAAUCGGCAAAUAUUGGCAGACCGAUCUAGAUUUGCAAAGCUUGGAAUGGCAACAAAUGAUGUGUUGAAUCAGGCAUACAGAGAUGUGCUGGAGUGGGAAAUGCACCCUUCUUUUGUUUAUAACAAAGUGAAGACAUCAUCAAUUUAUAAAACUUUACGCUCAGAUCAGGAAGAUCUCUUGAAAACAGCUGCAAGCUCUGGAUAUAAGAAUUUUGAUAUUUCAUUGAUCUAUAUGUUGAUCAGAAAUGUUUGUUCAAAGAUCCCUAAGCCAACGAAAGGAAAAUGGGGAGGCAACAAUAUGCCUACAGCAGGAGAGAUAAGGGUUGGUGAUGAUGUCGAGCGAAUCAGGAUAAUCCGAAACUCUUUGACUGCACACGUGAGCUCAGCCUCCACCCCUCAGACAGAAUUUGAUGCCACCUGGACAACGAUGUCAGAUAUCUGCAGAAGACUGGAAAACUUUACUGGAAAGAAAUACCUGGAUGAUCUUAACAGCAUUCAAACUCUGAGUUUAAAAGAAGAAGAUGAAGAUGCUAUUAUAGAAAUGGUUAGAAUGGAAAGUCAGUAUGAAAUGGUGAAGACAGUUAUGUCAAAUGUGCAAGACGUCGCGUCAGAAGUGCAGGAAGUAAAAGCAGCAGUAUUAAGACUUGAGAGCAAGCAUGCUGCAAAUUAAGACUAUUACUAACCGGUCAUCUUUUAGAACACUUGAAUGUACACUUUUAUACAUAAUGAAAAAACAAUAUUGAACUCAAUUUCAAUUCACAUUCAUUUUAUUUGUAGGAUAUGGUAUUGUCAAAAUACCGAACAUCAUAUAAUUUUAUAUGCUGAAACGCAUAUAAGGCAAAAGAAACACAUUCUUUUCUGGAUGUGAUGCUUUUAAUUCCUCCAAUGACUGAAAGCAUACAUUCCAAUGCUUAUGCUAUGAAUUUUCAAACUGUUUGACCACAAAAAUAUACUGUUGUUAGGCAAUGUUGAAAUUCAAUUACUAAUGUUGGGAAGCGAACCAUUAUAUGUAUAUAAUGAGGUAUAAAAUUGAAUUUAGACUACAUUUAAAUUACCAUAGAUAAUUUGACAGACACAUUUAUUGACACAAUUUUUCAAAAAGGUUUUUAAUGUCAAAAUAUCAUAUUUGUGGGAAUGAUCCAUCUUUGAAUCUUGAAAGCGAACUGUCCAACAUCAAAGCUGAAGAAAGCAGUGCAAGAGUCAAUUUCAGAUGAAACGUGAUAACUGUGCAGAUGACCCUGCGUUUUUCGGAGAAGGUAAUUAUAACAUGCCAUUACAGCCA